AGUAAGAGUCUCAGCUCUGAGAGCCCAGGGCGGUGCCGAACUAGGUUGAGUGGUUUCCGGCGGCCGCGCGCUCUUUUCUUGAGGCGCUAGAGGCAGCGGAACGCUGCCGCUACUCGGGGGAGAGACGGCUUUGCAUCAGUGUGCAAAAAUGCAGAGCAACAAAGGCUUUAGCCUGGAUAAACAGAACCAUACUCCAAGGAAGCAGCAUCAGCACCAGCACCAGCACCAACACCAACACCAGCAGCAGCAGCAGCCGCCACCGCCUCCACCUCCACCAAUACCUGCAAAUGGGCAGCAGGCCAACAGCCAGAAUGAAGGCCUGACUAUCGAUCUGAAGAAUUUCCGAAAGCCAGGGGAGAAGACUUUCACCCAGCGCAGCCGCCUCUUUGUGGGCAAUCUCCCUCCUGACAUCACUGAAGAGGAGAUGAGGAAAUUGUUUGAGAAAUACGGAAAGGCAGGCGAGGUGUUCAUUCACAAGGACAAAGGCUUUGGUUUCAUCCGCCUGGAAACCCGCACCCUAGCCGAGAUCGCUAAAGUGGAACUGGACAAUAUGCCCUUACGUGGAAAGCAGUUGCGAGUGCGCUUUGCCUGCCAUAGCGCAUCCCUGACAGUUAGGAACCUGCCUCAGUUCGUGUCCAAUGAACUGUUGGAGGAGGCUUUCUCUGUCUUUGGCCAGGUGGAGAGGGCUGUAGUGAUUGUGGAUGAUCGAGGGAGGCCUUCAGGGAAAGGCAUUGUGGAAUUCUCAGGGAAGCCAGCUGCCCGGAAAGCUCUGGACAGAUGCAGUGAAGGGUCCUUUCUUCUGACCACAUUUCCUAGGCCAGUGACUGUGGAGCCGAUGGACCAGCUAGAUGAUGAAGAAGGGCUCCCAGAGAAGUUGGUCAUCAAGAACCAACAAUUUCACAAGGAACGAGAGCAGCCACCUCGAUUUGCCCAGCCUGGCUCCUUUGAAUAUGAGUAUGCCAUGCGCUGGAAGGCGCUGAUUGAGAUGGAGAAGCAGCAACAGGACCAAGUAGACCGAAACAUCAAAGAGGCCCGAGAGAAACUGGAGAUGGAGAUGGAGGCUGCUCGCCAUGAGCAUCAGGUCAUGUUGAUGAGGCAGGAUUUGAUGAGACGACAGGAAGAGCUUCGAAGGAUGGAGGAGCUGCAUAACCAGGAGGUGCAGAAACGCAAGCAAAUGGAGCUCAGGCAGGAGGAGGAACGCAGGCGGCGUGAGGAGGAGAUGAGGCGGCAGCAGGAAGAAAUGAUGCGGCGGCAGCAGGAGGGCUUCAAAGGAAACUUCCCUGAUGCGAGAGAGCAGGAGAUGCGGAUGGGCCAGAUGGGUAUAGGAGGUGCUAUGGGCAUAAACAACAGAGGAUCCCUGGGAGGUGCUAAUGUGCCAGCUGGUGCCCCAAGUGCUCCAGGGCCUGGUCCAAUGAUGCCAGAUGGAACCAUGGGAAUGACCCCACCACCCAGUGACCGCUUUGGCCAGGGUGGUACAAUGGAAGGACUUGGGGCAAUGGGUGGAAACCCUCCCGCAUUCAACCGAGGAACUCCUGGAGGGGACUUUGGCCCAAACAAACGUCGCAGAUACUAAUAGAGUCACAGUGUUGAGUUUUCCCUGACCCUGCAGACAAGGACCCUUUUUGGACUAGCCAGGAUUCUACCUUAGAGGGCUGUUGGGGCUCCGUUCCUCUUACUAGUUAGGCCUCCCCACUUGAACUUCUCUAGGUAGGAAAUUUGCUGAGGGCAGAGAGGGGCGAGGGAGGGGCAUUUAGUGAAGCAGUUCUAUGUGGCGCAUUCCUAAAACUUCAAUGUGAAGGCUACGGAGGGGGUGGGGGGAGGCCGUGGCACAAACAGACUCCAUUCUAUCCCUCUUUCCCUUGACCAUUCCUCCUUUCUCCCCUCACUGCUCCCUCAGUAACUUAGACACAAUCCUUGCCCCCAUUUCCUCUCUGGUUAGGACCUCAGGUGUGUCCAGGAAGUUCAGGCAACAAUACCAGUAGGAGACCUCUUCCCUCUUCCCGACCCAGUGUUCCCUUUUAUGUCCUGAGAAGAAGGUUUUGUUAUCUGCUUUUAGGUUUCCAUGAUCGGUUCUGUUUUUGUUUAAUGGAGGUGCUGGCGUGUCAUUGUCAACACCCUUUCUUGUUGGUCAGAGCGCAAGCUUGGAGGCAGGGGCUGCUGGGUGCUGGUGCUCCCUUGGCCAUGCCUGGAGCUCUAAGGCUUGCCUGUCUUCCUGGAGCUGUGCUGUACAGCUUUCACUGCUGUAGGUGAUAUUGGGCCCUCUCACAGUCUGGAGUUUAUUUGAGAAAUGAGACAGGAAUGCAACAGCAACAUUAUUAUUAAAAACAGAUUUUAAGCCUUUUUC